AUGGCCGAAAACGAUAUUGAAAGUUUAAUAUCUGCAGCGAAGAGGAAAAGGGGGGCCAACUGUUCCUCUGAGGAACAAAUUGUCCUUAUAGAGGAGGUUUUAAAGUAUGAGAAUAAGUUGUUUGGGAAAAUAAAAGGGGCAGGGGCUAAGGGAAAACAUGGCAAAAUUAAAGAAGAGACCUGGCAGUCCAUCACUGACAGACUCAAUUCACAAUUCAGAAAUGAACGAACAUCGGACUCAAUUUCCAAAAAAUACGAUUACAUUAAACAAAGAGCUAAAGAUAAAAUCGAUGGAAUACGCCGCCCUAAAACAGGGGGUGGUCCACCACCGGCACCACUGACACAAGCAGAGGAGGCCCUGUAUCAAGCGAUGGAUACCCGUCCCACAAUUGUCGGCUUGGUUGGUGGAAUUGAUACAGAUGAACCAUUACUAUGUACCAAACAACCUCAAGAGAUUUGCCAUAGUAUAGUUGCAAUGGAGGAUUGCCCGACUGUUGAGGCAAGUGGUGAUGCCUCAAGUUCAUCCAAUGUGGAGAAAAAGAAGAGAAAGAUGCCACAAAGAGAACGUAUCGAAGAAAUGGAAAUCCAGAAUCUGAAUCUGGAAAACCAGAAACUAUCAGAAGAAAUAAAGAAACUUCUACUAGAACAAAGGAAACUAGAAAAAGAGGAGAAAAAAUUGCAAACUGAAAUUGACGUCAUUGAAAUCAAAAAGACAUACAUGAUUUGCAAACUUAAUGCAGAGUUUUCUGAAUGUCUGCUAGACACAAAUUGCAUAUAG